CCACCCUCCAGACAUCCUUUUCGAGCCCGGUGCUCUACGUCACGAUACGACUGCUCAUUCUGUCAUUACCAGUCAACUCCAUUGCCUCCAAUACAUCUCGCCACCGUCAAAAAUGGCACCCAUCUUCAUCAUCGCCCUCUCAAUCAUGGCCUCCUCGAUGGUAUUAGCUCACCCGUUUGCUGUUGAUAAUAGCACUCUCCUCGCGAAUGGCCAGGACGCGCAGGUGCUCAAUGCCGAGUUCGCUGAUCUCAAGAGCACAGACCCGUGCAAUAAUGGCGAAACUGCUUGCAUCAAAAAUUCAUUUGCCACCUGUAAUGGGACGUCAUGGGAGACACAACGGUGCCCUUCGAGCAAGCAAUGCUUUGCUCUUCCUCUAAUUCGAGGCAAUGGAACAUUCGUUGCGUGCACAAGUCCAAACAAUGCCCAGUCUAUAAUAUCUGCGACUGGUGCGAAGGGUGGCGUUGUAUCAACCGCAUCAUCAAAUGUCACAGUUUCUUUCCCUAUCGUCAACUCUACCUCGAGUACGGACGAUAAUGACGAUGACGACUGCUCCUCGGACGACGAUGACGGCAACGAUGACAAUGGACAGGGCGAUGGCACCCCAGACGAUUCUGGCGACGACAGCACUACAGUCACAAUCACGAUCACUCUCCCCGCAAGCGGCUCCGUCACCCUACCCACUGAAACGCAGACCUUCCCUCCCGCAGAGGCUUCUAGCCUCAUUUCGUCCCUCACCGCCGGAGGUUCCUUCUCCAUUGUCACCAUUAUCCCUGCCAGCUCUGCAGUUUCUUCCGCAACCGCUAACACCGUCAGCGCGGCCACCGGGGAUUCGCGCAACGGUGCGGUAAAUGCCAGUGCUCCGACACCCACGACAAUAUUUCUCACUCCUCGCCCUAAAUCGGCGACGGCCACUCCUACAUCCUCAUCGACAAGCGGGGAGUACGCUGGGUAUUGAGCGUCUGAGCUUGAUGAUCUCAUUGACUGUCUCUGUAUCCUUUUUGAGUUCUUGAUUCUGUUGGGUUUUCUUUGGGAUUUUUCGUAGAAAGAUUGGCAUCUUAUGACACUUAGACUUGUAUUUUGUAGCGUGGACCGCUGUAGCCUGUCAUUUGCUGUAUCAUAAAAUCAAUGGUGGUAUCAUCAGUUAUAUUGAUACCUGCUUGACUUC